GCUGGUCUGAGUGCUGGUCCUGACCAGCAAGAUCAGCAUUGAAACCAGCUAAUUAGUAAAUAAAUUAGCUGUAUCUUCAACAUCAUGUAAAUAUUUCCAAGAUUUCAUCAUUGUUACAUUGGAUGUCCAACUUUUAGGCCUAUUCUUGCAUAAUAUAUCGGAAACAAUAAUUGAUGCCAUACAGCUUAAAAAUAUAAUUUUGUAAACCACAUUGUUCAUUGUGAAGGUUUAUGAGAUGUACACGCACAUUUAAAGCAGCUGUGUUCAUGUGUACAGUAUAAGGCAAAAGUCCACCUGUGCUCAUCUUUAUAGCCUAUAAAACUGAGAUAAGCCGGCGUCUAUCUCAAAGGUUAGGAUUGAAGUCUGUUUCGCACAUCAGCUCACAAAUGUCUGAUGGGAAUUUGAUUCAGUCGGCGCAAAGGGAUUCCUCUUCAGUAUUCCUUUAUUGAUCAAUCUUUUAAAUAGGGAAAUAUGGAUCUCAGGCCUAAAGGAGCUGCUGUUUUUAUCUUUCUCUUGGUUAUUUUCACAUUCAGCAAAUGUAGUGAAGCGCAAGAUCUUUGUUCGGUGCCGUUGCCGUUCAUUUUCAUUAAGGAAAACAACACUAUUGAUGCCUUGGUCACAACAAUCAAUGCUGCCGAAGGAGUGACGGCUGUGAUCACCGGUCAAAACCCACCAGAUCUCUUCGACAUCAAUGAUGAAUACCAGCUCAUAGCUAAAACCGUGAUGGACUAUGAGAAAUUUGACAAGGACAACCCAUAUCUGGUCAAUAUUGAGUGUACAAAACCUGGUUCUACCUCUACCUCACUGCUUCUGAGGAUCGUUCUCGAAGAUAUAAAUGAUAACCCCCCAUCGUUUAAGGAGAGUUGGUACUCACUGGAGGUCAAAGAGCUAACCAAAGUGGAUACCAGCGUUGGCCUGAUUACAGCAACCGAUCCUGAUGAAAGUGACAGACUUUACUAUCGUCUGGAAUCUCCUGAGGGAGAGUUUGACGUGGAGACCAGUUUUAAUCCCAACAUUCUGGUGAAAAAACUUCUGGAUUAUGACAAAGUUAAACAAGUCACGAUGACUCUAUAUGCACAGGACACACAGAUCGGAUCUUCAGCUGAAGUUUCCCACACUGCCACAGCCACCGUUGUCGUCAACAUCAUAGACAUUGACAAUCGUCCGCCAUGGUUCCAGCCCUGUACAGAAUACAUCUUUGAAACAAGCACAGUCUGCAUAAAUUCUGGCUAUAAUGGAGUUGUCACUUUAAAAGAGCAAGAAACAGAUCCUUUAAAACUGAUGCCCGGUCCAGUUUACGGCAUUGACGGUGACGCAGGCAUUAAGGAGCUCAUUGGUUACACCUUUAUGGGAGGAAAUGAAGACGGGAUAUUUAAUAUCAACACGGACACUGGGAAUAUCACAAUGCUGAAACCAGUAGACGUGGUCGGACCGUUUGUUCUUACAGUUAUGGCAUUUCAGAAGCUGAACCCUGAUCAGUUUGCCACCACUACAGUCAUCCUGAAAGUGGCGCUGACGGCCAGCGAAUUCCCUCCGAAAUUCACCAAGGAAAGCUAUGAAGGCUUCAUUUCAGAGGACGCAGGUGUGGACAGUCUGGUUCUGGAGGGCAAAACGUCCAACAGAGCCCUCCGAGUCCAGGCCACAGAUGAAGACUUUUCUAAUGGAUAUAAUCCCAAUCUCAGAUUUGAGAUUGUAGACGGUACUGACUUCUACAUUACUCCAGAAGGUUUCAUUCUCAUGGCGAAGGCAGUUACGCCUGGCACUGUCAAUUUAGAAAUGAGGGUGAUCGACACAGAGAAUGAUGAAUCAAGCACCGCUUCACUUGUGGUUGAAAUAACGCCAGGGGUUCCCACUACCACUCCAGUUACAACUAUCACGACGACAGAUAACACAGAUAGCACACAGCUCACAGACAUCACCGACACCUCGCACCCAAGUACUCACACAACCACGCAUCCUGGUACUUACACAACUGCGCAUCCUAACACAGGUGGACAGCUGGGUAAAGCAGGUGAUUUUACUUCAGGGGAUAUGGCGGCUGUUGGAGCCACUUUGGCUGUGUUUGUGGUCAUCUGCUUGGUUUGCAUUGGAUUGCUGGCACACCGCAUUAAGGGACAUAACGCAGCCUGGAAGAAGCUUUCGGAGGCCAGCAUUUUCCGUAGCACGCUCGGUGGAGGCUCGGGAGGCCCAAAGGAAGGCAUGCAGUACAUCAACGAGAGCUUCCAGAAUGAUGGCGAUACUCCUGAUAACUCCAGAUUCGCCGCAGACCUGGAGAAUAAACUGGAGCCGGAGCAAAGUGGCACAUCGCAGGAGAAAAUAACCCGCAGCGCUUUCCUCCAGACUAACAGCAAACCUCCCGCCGACUCCAGCAGCCUGGCGGAUUCAGAAAACACCGACGGAGAGAAGGAGGUCAAACCGAUAUUGACCAAAGAGCGGCGCACCGACGAGGGCUACAAGUCAGUGUGGUUCAGGGAAGACAUCGACCCCGACACCAAAGAGGAAGUGGUCAUCAUUCCUGACACCGGAGAAGCGGAUGGAGACCAUGAGGAUGAUGAAGAUGAUGACAGCGAGGAGGAUGAUGAGGAUGACCUGAGGACUGACAUGGAUUUGGAGGAUGACGAUAGACUGACGUCAAUGUAGAGCUGAUGGUUUGCUUUUUUGGUGUUGUUAUGUGUGUAAAUAUGAGGUAUAUUUACAGUUUUAGUCAACAUGAAAUUAAAACUGACCCUAUGUACUGUAUAUACAAUGGCAGUGUUUCCCAACCCUGUUCCUGGAGGCACACCAACAGUACAUAUUUUGGAUGUCUCCUUUAUCUGAUACAUUCGUUUCAGGUUUCGGAGUCUCUUCUAAUGUUUUGAUGACUUGAUUCAGAUGUGUUUGAUUGGGAAGAGGUUGCAAAUGUGGAUUGUUUGUGGUGUGCCUUCAGGAACAGGGUUGGGAAAAGUCGCGGUCACACUGCACUUUUUGCCCCAUAGACUUGAAUUCAUACGCAUGCGAAUGUGACAGACCGGAAAUGCAAGCUAAUGCGACAAGUUUCGCAUGUCGCUGCAUUGCAAAAUUCAGGCUUGGUGAACUCUGACCUUCAAAAACGCAUCACAUGAUUGGCUGAGACUAAUCGAGAAUCAAAACAUGACCUCUCUGUACAAAAAUGUUAUAUAUGGAGCAAUCGCUCCCUUUUUUUAAUGUCCAGUCAUCUUGUUUAAUCUCAACUCAACUCACUUUAUUUCUAUAGCACUUUCACAAACCACAUGGAUUGUCUCAUAAAACGCUACAGGAAAAUGUAAAUAUUCGCCAACUUUGGUGUAGUAUCCGAUCACUAUUGCGGCCCGAAACCCAGCCCACAGUACAGUUACUUACAUCACAAACAUCAGCACCCUCCCCAUGGUUCUCAAACAAACCAUCCCCUCCCCCCAGUCUUCCAGAAUUUCAGAGACAAAUGUUGGCAGGUAUGAGUGUGAGAUAUAUAAACUCAUGGUCGGUUUUCUGAGAAAAGAAAAGUCAAGUGCAAGAUACUGUAUAAAUAUAUUUUGCUUCAGAACGCAGCAGCAUGAGUGGUCUUUAAUAAACCUAAAAGAGCACAU